UCUCCGUCCCCAUUUCCCCUUCUUGUUCCUUCGUCCCGACUCUUCUUCCUCUAGCCUGAUCAGAACGAGGAAGACUUUGAGGGGUUUUGGCCGGCCGGCGAUCAGGCUCAUCGACCAUGACCGAUGUAUUCCAGGGCUACGAGCGCCAGUACUGCGAGAUCUCGGCCUCCCUCUCCCGCAAAUGCACGGCCGCCGCCUCCCAGGAGGGAGAGAAACUGAAGCAAAAGGCCUCGGAGAUCAAAUCCGGCAUCGAUGGCGCCGAGGCACUAAUAAGGAAGAUGGAUCUUGAAGCAAGGAACCUCCAGCCGAGCGUGAGGGUCGGGCAACUGGCGAAACUGAGAGAGUACAAGUCGGAUCUUAACAAUCUGAAGGGGGCGUUGAAGAGAAUCACUGCUGGUAAUGGCCAACAAGGGGCGAGAGAGGAGUUGCUGGAGUCAGGAAUGGCAGAUACGUUGGUGGUAUCUGCUGAUCAAAGGUCAAGAUUGCUCAGGACAACGGAAAGGCAAAAUCAGACAACUGAUAGGAUCAGAGAUAGCCAUAGAACUAUGCUGGAAACAGAAGAGCUUGGAGUCUCCAUCAUGCAUGACUUGCAUCAGCAGCGCCAGUCUUUUUUGCAUGCUAAUGAUACGGCAAGUAACAUUUCUGUUAAUUCUCCCUAUUUGUCAAUUGCUUUGUUUCUGCGCAUUAUUCAUUUUUCCAUCGCAAAGUAUUUGUGGACCCCAAAAUAGUGCAUAGUUUAUGCAGGUUGCUUAAUUCAAAUCAUGUUGAAUAACUUACCAUGUGUCGCCUCUGUGCCUUGAUUGUAUUGUACUCCUGCUGUCUUAAAAUGUAAGACGUUUACAUUUUGAGACGGGGGGAGUAUAUUACAAGGAGUAUCGUUUUCGUCUAUAGUCAGUUUACAAGCAAAUAUCUGUGCGUAGAUGGCUGUAAAUAAACAGUUUACAUAUAUAUAUAUAUAUAUAUAUAU